GAGAAAUAAGCCCUUCAACUUUCUUCUCAUUGGCUUCCAUGGAGAAAUUCUUAAUAAUAAUUCUCAUAACCUUCCUGAAAUUUGCCAUUUUUAUUGCAUCUGAGCAGCCUCCAUACGUUCCAACAGAUAAUAUCAUCCUGAAUUGUGGAGCUCCAUCUGACUCAUAUGGUGCUGAUGGCCGGAUUUGGACAGGAGACAAGAGCUCAAAAUCAGAAGCCUAUGAAGCUGAUAGUCAAGGUGGUGGUUCUGUAGAUAGAGUCCCUUAUAUGACCGGCCGGGUUUCUAGUUCAGAAUUCAAGUACACUUUCCCUGUUACUCCCGGUCAGAAAUUCCUUCGGCUCUACUUUUAUUCGGCUUCAUAUAAACAAUUUGACCCUUCCAAGGCCUUUUUCUCUGUCAAAGCAGGUUCUUUCACUUUACUGAAAAAUUUCAGUGCUUUACUUGUUGCUGAUUCAUUGGGGUUUAGAUCAUUUUUUAGAGAAUUCUGCUUGAAUUUAAAAGAGAAUGAGGUUUUGGAUGUCAUUUUCACUCCAUCUCCGAGUGCUUCAAAUGAUACUUACGCUUUCAUCAAUGGAAUUGAGAUCGUGUCAAUGCCUACCAAUCUUUACUACACACCACCAGAAUUAUUAGGGGGUGCCCCUUUCAUAGGCCAAAGUUCUGGGUUCUUUGUUAACAAUUACACCGCACUUGAGAUGGUUUAUAGAUUGAACGUUGGUGGCAAUACUAUCUCACCAAAAUAUGAUACUGGCAUGUUCAGACUCUGGUCUGAUGACUAUGAGUACAUGUCGACUCAAAGCUAUUUUACCGUCAACACCACAGUACCAAUCGACUACACAAUAGUUCCAAGAUACACUGCACCAGAGGAGGUUUAUCGGACAGCUCGAACAAUGGGUCCUAAUCGUACUUACAACGAGAGGCACAACUUAACAUGGAGAUUGCUCGUGGAUUCAGAUUUCAGGUAUAUGGUAAGGCUUCAUUUCUGUGAAAUUCAAGAUGUGAUAGAUUCACCAGGCAAGAGACAGUUUGAGGUCUUUUUAAACAGUCAGACGGCUGAAGCAAUUUUUGACGUAAUUAUGUGGACUGACCAUGCCAAAGUUCCAUAUUAUAAGGAUUAUGUUCUGUUGAUAUUAAAGAAUGGAAAUCAGAAUAAGCAGCACAUCACCAUCGAUCUGCACCCUAGGGUUGCUAUUUAUUAUGAUGUUAUCUUAAAUGGAAUUGAAGUGUUCAAAAUGAACAAUUCUGAUGGCAAUUUGGCCGGACCCAACCCUGAACAUCUGAUAGCUCCACCACCACCACAUAUUGAAUCGUCAAAUUCUGCAGGUGGAAAGUCCAAGAUGAAGCGAAGAGUGCUAUUUGCUGCCAACGGAUGUGCGGUGAGUUUGCUUGCUCUGGUUUCUUUAUUAGCUUGCAUAGUUCUUUGGCGACAUAAAAGGAGGCAGCACUGCGGUUCCUACGCAGGAACGAAUUGGUUUUAUCGAUGGAGAAAUCCUAACGAAGAGAAAUCUACAAAAUCCUCAUUGUUACCGAAAGAACUAUGCCGCCAUUUUUCCCAGGAUGAGAUCAAAGCUGCUACCAACAACUUCGAUGAUGAUUUAGUUAUUGGGAAAGGAGGCUUUGGCAAAGUAUACAAAGGUUUCUUGGAUGAAGGGGAAAAAGUAGUUGCAAUCAAGCGCCUGAAUCCAGAGUCCCGACAAGGUGUUGUAGAGUUCUCGACAGAGAUUGAGAUGCUCUCUCAGCUUCGCCACCUUCAUUUGGUGCCCUUAAUUGGUUAUUGCAAUGAAAAUCGUGAGAUGAUACUCGUGUAUGAUUAUAUGAGCAAUGGGACUCUUUGUGAUCAUCUCUAUACUGCUACUGCCUAUGAUCCUCUGACCUGGAAGCAAAGGCUAGAGAUUUGCAAGGGAGCAGCAAUGGGAUUGAACUACCUUCAUACAGAAGUGAAACAUACUGUUAUUCACCGUGACGUGAAGACAAGUAACAUUCUCCUAGAUGAUAAAUUUACUGCCAAAGUCUCGGAUUUCGGGUUGUCGAAAAUGGACUCAAAAGUUGGCAUGCUUGAGACCGGCGUAAAGGGCACAUGGGGAUACUUGGAUCCAGAGUAUGCCCGGGGUCAUGCACUAAAUGAAAAAUCAGAUGUUUAUUCAUUUGGUGUAGUGUUAUUUGAAGUAUUAUGUGCAAGAAAAGCUUUGGAUAAAAAACUGCCAGAGGGUCAAGUGAACCUGGCUCGUUGGGCUAGGAAAUGUAUUUCGGAUGGGACUCUUUAUCAGGUGAUCGAUCCCCAUCUGAUUGGGAAGAUAGCUUCAGAGUGUUUUAAGGUGUUUGUUGAAAUUGCAGAAAAUUGCAUAGAAGAACUGGGAGUCAAUAGGCCAUCCAUGAAUGAUGUGAUGGAAAAGUUGGGAUUUGCAAUAGACCUCCAAGAGGCUGCUGAUCUUGAGAAAGAGAAGACCAACCCUGGACGUGAACAUAGCUACCCGGAUAUUGUGUUUCCGAUUGCUCGCGACGACGAUCUCGAUUAUGAAUCAGAAGUGGAUCCGAUUAUUAGUGGAAUGAGUAAUCCUAUUAUUGAUUCUAGUACAUCAUCAUAUUUGUUCUCGAGCACCAACAACACAGAAAGCAUAGGAAAUUAGACAAAAGAAUGGAGACUGCAGCCAAAACCCUUAAUCCCUUUCUUUUCUUUUUGAUAAGUAAUGUUGCGGAUGUAAAUUAGGUGUUUUUAAUGACUUUCAUGCUUUGUUUCCUGCUUGAUUGAUUUUGCAAGUCUUGACCAUGUCAGUGUUUGGUUGAUUAGAAUCUAUUUGAUAAGCUUUAGGCUUAUGUAUAAUUAAAAUAAUUGAGAAAAAAAGUUUUAGAUUUGAUUUAGAGUCCCCUCCUUUUGUAUGUAAAAGAUAAUAAUAAAAGAGUUAUUA